AUGCUUCACGCCGAAUUGUCCUUUCUCCAAGCUGUUCAUGUUCACCGUUGUGUUCACCUUUCCCCUCACCCUCCUAUCUUCUUCAAUCAUGCGUUCACUCUUCCCCUGGUGAACCUUUCAUCUUCACCAAUGCCCGAAUAUAUAAGUCUCAUCGAUUCCAUCUCAUUCCUAUCGAAACCAAUCCCCUAACUCCAACUUUCUUCGACAAAGCCAUCAUUGCACUCAAGCCACUUACUCCUUUCUUCCAUCAUGAACUCUCACGACCUCCAAGGCGCGGCCCCUUCGCCAACGAAGCCUACAUCAGCAACUAAGCCUUCUCCAAAUCGGAACCCCAGCGCAAAGGUCCUCACUGCUGACGAGCUUCUCUCUACUCUGUCAUCCCUGAUUCCCGACCAUGUCUCCUCCUUCCCCGAGGCGGCAAGUUUCACUUUCCGCGAGGACGAAGUAACAUCCACCACCGAACUAGCCGUCGCAACACGCACCACCAAAUCCGCCUCUCACACAGUUUGGGUUUCGGUCCCGUAUUCAUCUUGCUUAUCCUACACCUGCGAAGGCCGGUCACUCAAGCUUAAGGACUUCGUCAACGUCAAUUUCCGGGACGAGUUCGCGUUCGUGCUAGAGCAAGUUGCCGAUGAUGGCAAGACAGCAGUCAAAGGAAGAGGCAGGAAGAAGGCUAACGAGGACAAUGUCGUCAUUGGUCCUUGGGACGAUGAGAUGAGGGCUUUGGCCAUGUGGGUGUUUGUCCAUUGUGGAAAGAGCCAGGGAUUUGUGGACUUUGGGGCCAGGGGCGUCGAUGCGCUUGUCAGAGUGUUGAAGAGGGUGGAUGUGGUUGAGAAGAAGAAGGAUGGAGUCGAUCAGACAACAGGGCCCUUAAAGAGGCCGCAUGACGUUGAGAAAGACACUGAAGACAUCAACGACAUUUGGGAGCAUAUCAAAAGCUCAUUGAGUAAUGGAGAUGUGGAAGAUAUUCUGCAGGAAGUCAUUUCUCAGACGGUCAUCGACGCCGUGCAGAAGAUUGGUGUCGAACAGUUCGUUCCUGUAAAGCGCCUAUUCACCGACUUUCUUGAAGGUACACAGAAUCAUGAGAACGACCCGGUUGCGAAGUGCUCCAAGACAGAUUGAAGGAUUUCAAUAUGGUAAGUAUCUUCGACCGCGCUAUGCGUACUUUCUUCUGCCCGACGUCUGCCCGACGUUUUUCCCAUUUGCUUGCUUGCUUGUUUGUUUGGAGGAUGGCGAAUGGAGGUUUUUCGACCGCUUCGCUAGUUACAGCUGAUAAAAAAGCGGCGACGUUGCAAUAAGCAAUGCAUCGGGUGCUUUAGUUCAUGGCGUGGGUUAAAUUGCAUUU